AUGGCAAGCAACGAAAAAUCAUUUACAUUCAAGGCUGGAAUAUGUUUACCAUUCCCCCGAUGUAUAAUACAAUUUGCUCGUCUGGAUUCAAAACUAAUUAAAAAUAAUAAGUCGAAAUCUACCUUAACUGGGCACGCAAAUCAGCUUGGCAAGACAAAUAAUUUACAAAAAUCCAAUUCAAAUUCAGCCUCGCCUAUAGGAUCAUGA